AUGUCCAUUCGAGCUGGACUGGCACGCGUCCAGCCUAGAAGCGUUAACCUGGGAGCUGGCGUGAGACUCUGCCGUCAGACACUCUGCAACCCCGCUCGUUCAAACGCCAUCCGACCGUCGCUUCCUGCGACCGCCAUCGGUAGUCUUCGCGUCGCGGACACUCAGCGGCGCUUUCUCAAUGGGCUUCCUAAGCACGCUGAAGUAGGCAACAAGCGGUUUGCCGACUUUGACCUGGCCGGUAGAACAUUUGUCGUGACCGGCGGCGCGAGAGGUCUUGGCCUUGCGCUGGCAGAGUCACUUGUGGAAGCGGGAGGGAAAGGUAACUUGUCGACGAUACUGGAGCGUCCAGACGCCGAUUGGCAUCAGGCACAGAGUCGGGUAGUCCCCGAAUGGGGCGGCUCCUUGGAGUAUCGCCAGAUAGAUGUCCGCUGCACGGAGAACCUCAACAAUGUCAUCGAGUCCAUAGCAGACGAGAACAACGGUCUCCACGGUCUCAUCGCGGCUGCGGGGAUCCAGCAGGUGACUCCAGCGGUGGAGUACACGAUAGAAGAUGCCCGCAAGAUGAUAGACGUUAACUUCACGGGCGUGUUCAUGACGGCAACGGCGACCGCCCGCGCCAUGUUCAAGCACAAGAGCCGCGGCAGCAUGUGCCUCAUAGCGAGCAUGUCCGGGCUCGUCGCCAACAAGGGCCUCAUAUGCCCCGUCUACAACUCCUCCAAAGCGGCGCUGAUCCAGCUGGCCCGCAACCUGGCCAUGGAGUGGAGCCCCAACAUCCGCGUCAACUGCCUCAGCCCAGGCCACACGCUGACGCCCAUGGUGCUCAAGAAUUUUGAAGAGGAUCCGGGGCUGCGGGACAAGUGGUGCAGCGAGAACAUGAUGGGUCGUCUCGCCGAGACUAGUGAGUACAAGGGCGCUGCGCUAUUCCUGCUGAGCAACGCGAGUAGCUUCAUGACGGGAGGAAAUUUGGUAAUAGACGGCGGGCAUACGGCAUGGUGA